AUGCCAAUAGUCAGAAUAGGACCAACUUAUGACUCACUUCAGCCCUAUAAUGUGAACGAUGAUGAAAAUCCUUUUUAUGUUGACUCUAAACAUUUCACAGGCUACAUAACUGUUCGAUUGCAAAAUCACCAUAAUAAAAAUGAGGAGGUUAUAACAACAAACUCAUAUUUUGAAAACCAUCGAAGAUUUUUUUCUUUUCAAUUUCAAGGACGUUUCAAACCAACAAAUUUAAAAAGAAAAGUAGACAAUUUAUGGACAUUUGAUGAUGUAUUCUUUUUAGCUGAAACUGAAAACUUCAUCAACCCACCUUUUGGUGCUUCUUUAGCUGUAAAAUUUGCAAGUAUGAUUGAUCCAGGAUUUACAGCAAAUGGUAUGCUUUUAAAAAAGAGACCUUCUGCUGGCAGUUGGCUUAUUUGUGGCAUGAAUAUCGUUAAAGUUUGGAAAUCUGAUGAUGAAGAUUAUAAAUUUUAUGAAAAGAAACAUUUUGGAAAAAAAAAAUCCACCAAACAAAAAUUAAAUGUAAAGAGUUCACCACUUUUAGUACCUAAAGAAUCAUGGAUUUAUUACGGAAAGAAUUAUCUUGAUGAGGACACGCGAUUAAUUUUACCAAAUGAGCAAAAAUUAACUUCAGCAAAAAGACGUAAUUAUUUUCUUGACCCACAAAUACGAAAACGUUUUGUAUUCGAUCCUUCUUUGGUUUAUGCUUUUGAUUUUUUUAAUAAUUUUACUAAUUUUUCUACAAUGAACGCUGAUAUGAUUGUUAAAUUUAGUAUGUUAAAAGUUUUAAGAAAUCAACCACUUAGGUUUGUUUGUAGAAAUAAGGAGGGCGAUGCAAUAUUUUUCAUAAUAGAGAUUGAUUAUUCUGAUCUUUUAUAA